GGGGAGGAGUGGUGAUCACCGCCGCUGGAAGCUCCAACGCAGGUGGACGUUGGGGAGCGGAGCGUCGGCCGGUCUGUGAUGAUCUCCCGCCCAGACUCCAGAUACUAAAGGAUGUUUGAAAAUUCAAUGAAGACAGAGAAAUGGAAACAACUGCCUGUCAUCCUAAACAUCUCACUGUUCACAGCAUUGCUUAUCACUGGAUGGAAAUCUAUUGAUCAUCAACAUGUGCUUUCUUGCUCAGCAAAUGUCCAGAAUCGGAGGUGGCAUGCAUUGGAAUUCAUCGAUAACUCAAUAAUGCUGAAACAAAGAAAUAGGUAUCAACAGAUGAUCCACAUUUCAAUUGGAGCUAAAAAACUAAAGACAGCAGCCCCAACACCUUAUGUCUUGCUUUUGAUCAUCUUGAUUGGUAUUUGUACAAGGUGCAAAAACAGUUGUGAAGAAAAGAGCCUGUUAUUUUCAGGUGCGGGAGGUGAAGAUCUCAAAAAGAUAUUUUUUAUUCUAUUCCUGCUUUGUCAACUUUCACAAGUGACUACGUGUAAAAUUAACGAGUAUGAUCAUAAUGGUGUCUGCUGCGCAUUGUGUGCAGCCGGCACUAUAGUGGCUAAACACUGCACUGGUAAUACCGGCACAUCGUGUACUUCAUGCCCAAAUGGAAGAUAUAUUGGACAGGCAAACGGGCUACAACGCUGUUUUGGUUGCCUGGUCUGUUAUGCAGAUAUGGGAUUCAAAGUUAAACAAAAAUGUACCAAAACCCAUAAUUCAAAGUGUGGGCCCACAGAUGGGUAUUACUGCAAUAAAAAUUGUCAGCGUGUCAACAAGCACACAUCAUGCCCACCAGGUCAUGGAGUGAAAGUGAAAGGAACAGAGUCCACAGAUUCCACGUGUGAGGAGUGUCAGAAAGGAACGUUUUCAAGCAGUGAUUCGUCUACAGAAGAGUGUAAGAAAUGGACAACAUGUGUAAAGCCCACACAUGAACCGAGUGUACCUGGGAGCAAUGUAGCUGAUGUAAAGUGUGGAGGAGAGAGCAAACCAACUGUUGCAGCUGCGUCGAACAACAUUCGUUUGUUUGUCCCUUUGAUUUGUAUUACGACAAUCCGUUUCUGAAAUAAUCCUCAAUUGAGAGUAUGUAUGUUAUUAAUUUAAUGUGUGCAUUCUCCUAUUAUCAUUUUCUGUAUCCAAAGUUAUUUUAGCCAGUUUAGAAAUAAACUUCAAUUUUUAAUAA